AUGGAUCACCUCACUCAGGGAGAGCAGGGGAUCAUCGACGCAAAUCCUCUUGGUGAUGCACUCAGCAUCGUAUGCGAAGCUUUGCGAGAGGCGGAACGAAACACUCACCGCGAAAACUCUCAGAUAGAUGACACCGCUGAUGCACCAGAACGGCCAAGGGUGUUCGUGGCCGCGAUAGGCAAAUUAUUCUCUAUCUUGUCCGCUUCCGAUGUGUCACCGCUACUCGCAUCAAGAACCGGCAGGGAUGCCCUUGGCUCUGAUCUCAUGGCAGUUCGUCAACGCGUACAGAAAGGAGAUUUUGAGUACCAGCUUUUGCGGCCACUAUCGCAGCUUGUGAUCAAGCGGGCAUCAGAUGUUGACAUAUGGACUGCCGUCGUAGCCCUGGUCCUAUCGAUUUCUCACUCGACUCCGCCGCCGAGCCGCCCGCCGUCUUUCGAAACCCCAAUAACCCAUUCGUCCGCUUCGCAGCAAGGGUCAGAACAAACGCGACGGAAGAUUGAGCCUCGUGUGUUCGAAGAGAUUCGCCACUGUACGCACCGUGCGGUCGAAGGAUUCCACAAGAAAUAUUUUGAAGGGCACAAAUGGAACAGGCGAGCCGAGCGGAUUUGGCAGAGCGUCAAGAGUCGCUAUAGCGACAUUGAUAAGAGAUGGACACAGUUACCUGACGCGGCCGGCGAGGACGAGAUAUGUAGUUGGUUGCUCAACUUCCAGGAAGAGUUUCUAGCAGCCGAACGAGCUGCAUAUUUCAGAAGCAAUGGAAGCAAAAGAGUUGGGGCUGAGGCGACACGGCAACUGGAUCUCUUUGUCAAAAUGAGAAGAGAUGAGGCAUCAGAUGCGAAGCACGACUGGAGACACGUGUUGGUCGUCGGCGAGCUCAAACAGUCCGACCAGAAAAACAAGAGCCUAUGGCUUCAGGUUGGCAGCGCUGUGAGAAACGUGUUCGCUUACCAGCCUACGCGAUCAUUCGUGCACGCCUUCACUCUGACCGGUACCGAGAUGGAGACAUGGAUCUUUGACCGGUCUGGGCCGUACAGCGGGGCUACGUUUGACAUCCACAAGGAUCCUGAGAAGUUCAUUCGGGUCAUGUGUGCAUAUUUGAUGAUGAAUGACGAGGAGCUAGGCCUGGACACCUUUACCAAAGCAAAAGACAACAAGUUGUUUGUCACCAUACCUGUUGAAACUCGCGGGAAGAAGCGGAAACGUCAGCUGGAACUCGACCCCAAUCCGAUCGCCCAUCAGCGAGCUAUUGUCUGCCGUGGCACGUCCUGCUUCCUCGCCAGGGCCACUGGAGCCGCAGAAUUUGACAGGGUCGUAAAAUAUUCUUGGACUUCCAGCAUGCGACCGCCGGAGGCUGAUCUUCUUAACAAGGCUAUCGAACGCGGUGUUAAGGGUAUUGCGAAAGUGGUUGGCUACCAGGAAGAAGUCACUAGCAUAAGUAAGUUGCGAGAAGGCCUGGUCUUCUCGACUCCGCAUAAGUUUCGCGGCGUGCCACGCAGUGCCAAUACGUCCUUCUCGCAGUCGCAACCCCCACUAAGCCACUCUUUUAGCCAGUUCCCCGGCCUUAGCAUUGCCAGCAGCGGACACAGAAAGAGGAAGUCAACGGAUUGGUCAAGCAAUGCGUCUAAGAGAUCCCGGUCGAAUAGCCAGCUGGCCAAGGCAGAUCACGUAGAAAACGGAGCAACUUACUCCGUCCAAGAACCGCAAGGUACUAGUCUUGUUCACCAAGAUCACGAUCAGACACCAUAUGCCAAUCGCAUCUUUCGCGUAUUGGCCAUCUCGCCGGCGGGACGGUCCAUUAGCCAGUUCAAGGCUGUUAUCGAGCUCCUCGAAGGCCUUCGGGACGCCAUUAAAGUGCAUCAAUCACUCUACACGGACGGGAAAAUUUUGCACCGAGAUAUUUCCGAAAACAAUAUCAUUAUCACCAACCCGGGGAAUGCUGAUGGCUUCAAGGGCAUGCUCAUCGACCUUGACUUGGCUAAGGAAGAAGGCAAAGGUCCUAGUGGGGCCCGACAUCGGACGGGCACGAUGGAAUUCAUGGCAAUUGAAGUUCUUCUAGGAAUUUCGCACACGUAUCGCCACGAUCUCGAAGCAUUCUUUUACGUUCUAAUAUGGCUUUGCGCUCGUCGAGGCUGGUCAUUAUCGAGAGCGUCAGGUCGGCGCCCGAAAAAAAGCAUGCUAUCGCGGUGGUAUACUGGAGGUUACGAGGACAUAGCGCAAAGCAAGCGUGGUGAUAUGGACAAAAAUGGGCUAGAAGUCAUUCUGAGAGAGUUUCCGGAAGUUUUCGACGGUGUCAAACCUUUGUGCAGGGCAAUAAGAGAUGUCUUGUUCCCGCAUAAGGAUGGUCUCUUCACUGGCACUCCACAGGAUCCGAAUAUUCUGUACGAUCCAAUUAUCAAAGCAUUUGAUGAUGCUAUAGCAGAGAUUGGGCUGGGAGAGGUAAAGACGUGA